GGUAAGAGAGGAACCGAGCACGCUCUUUCAGUCUACUGGAUCGAGGAGGAGAUGGAGAUCGCGAGGAGGAACACAGCGCCGCUUCUCCUUGCUUUCUUCCUCUUCCCUCUCCUGCUUCCAAGAUCCGUUUUUGCUGCCAAGCAGGCCUAUGUAGUGUACCUCGGGGAGCACUCGCACAGCUCCGAAUUGUCCCCUCUGGAGGCUUCCAAGAGAGCCACGGAGUCUCACUACGAGCUGUUAGGAUCGGUGCUGGAGGACAAGGAGAAGGUCCAAGAUGCAAUCUUCUACUCGUACACCCACCACAUCAAUGGCUUUGCGGCCUACCUCGAGGUGGAAGAGGCCAUGAAGGUAUCAGAGUACCCUGGAGUUCUUUCGGUGAUUCCUAACAGAGGCUACACACUUCAUACUACUCAUUCCUGGGAAUUCCUCGGCCUCGAGAGGGAUGGCAGGGUUCCAAAGCAAUCACUGUGGAGAAAGGCUCGAUUCGGAGAAGACACCAUCAUUGCAAAUCUUGAUACUGGGGUGUGGCCAGAAGCACAAAGCUUUAAAGAUGAUGACUUGGGACCAAUUCCAUCAAAGUGGAAAGGAAUCUGUCAGAAUGACUUUGAUGAAAGUUUUUCAUGCAACAGGAAGCUGAUCGGCGCGAGGUACUUCAACAAGGCUUACGAAGUCAUGGUUGGCCCGCUCAACGCCACCUUCCGCUCCCCGCGCGACUACGAUGGGCACGGCACACACACCCUCUCCACCGCCGCCGGCGGGGCCGUGCCCGGCGCCAACAUCUUCGGCUACGGCAACGGCACGGCCAAGGGCGGCUCCCCCCGCGCCCGCGUCGCAGCUUACAAGGUCUGCUGGCCGCCCGUCAACGGCAGCGAGUGCUUCGACGCCGACAUCGUCGCCGCCUUCGACGCAGCCAUCGAGGACGGCGUCGACGUCAUCUCUGUCUCGCUCGGUGGAGACCCGGUUGACUACUUCCGUGAUGGGUUGGCCAUCGGGUCCUUCCAUGCCGUCAGGAAGGGGAUCACGGUGGCCUGCUCCGCUGGCAACUCCGGCCCGCAGCUUGCUACCGUCUCCAACUUGUCACCUUGGAUGCUUACUGUGGGAGCAAGCACCAUGAACAGGCAAUUCCCCUCUUCUCUCAUCCUCGACAACAACAAGAGAAUUCAGGGGGAGAGUCUUUCUCCAAAAGGAUUGCCAGGCAACAAUGCCUACCCAGUGAUCAGCUCCAGAGAAGCCAAAUAUGCCAAUGCAUCGGAGCACAAGGCUAGGUUGUGCUACUUGGGAUCGCUAGACCCGGUGAAGGCGACAGGGAAGAUCGUUGUGUGUCUCCGCGGCGUCACUGCAAGAGUGGAGAAGGGGGAAGCAGUUCUGCAGGCUGGUGGCGUCGGUAUGGUUCUCGCAAAUGAUGCCUUCAAUGGAAAUGAAAUCUUAGCGGACGCGCAUGUCCUCCCUGCAACCCAUAUCACCUACUCCGAUGGCCUCACCCUCUUCUCCUACCUCGAAUCCAACGAGUCGCCACUGGGGUACAUUACCAGCCCGAAGACAGAGCUUGGGACGAAGCCAGCGCCGUUCAUGGCGGCCUUCUCCUCUCUGGGGCCUAAUACUAUCACCCCGGAGAUCCUCAAGCCUGACAUCACUGCACCAGGGGUGAGUGUUAUUGCCGCCUACUCCGCCGCCGUUGGGCCUACAAAUCUAGACUUCGACACCCGCCGCGUCGCCUUCAACUCGGUCUCCGGCACCUCCAUGUCAUGCCCUCACGUCUCCGGCAUUGCGGGCCUUCUCAAAACUCUCCACCCUGACUGGAGUCCUGCUGCAAUCAAAUCAGCGAUCAUGACGACCGCGAGGACGCGGGACAACAUGGAGGAGCCGGUGCUGAACUCGUCCUUCGUCAAGGCCACGUCCUUCGCCUACGGCUCCGGCCAUGUCCGGCCGAACCGCGCCAUGGAUCCCGGCCUCGUCUACGACCUGACGACCAACGACUACCUCGACUUCCUGUGCGCGCUGGGCUACAACUCCACCCAGCUCGCCAUGUUCAGCAAAGAAGAAGCCUACUCCUGCCCACCGACCCCACUCCGCAUCGAAGACCUGAACUAUCCAUCGAUCACAGUCCCAGAGCUGUCGGUCUCCGCCACGGUGACGCGCGUGGUGAAGAACGUCGGGUCGCCGGGCACGUACGUGGCUCGGGUGAUAGAGCCGAGUGGCGUUGCCGUCGCUGUGAACCCCGCGAGGCUGGUGUUUGAGAAGGUAGGCGAGGAAAAGAAGUUUGAGGUGACAAUGAAGGCGAAGGACCGCAAAUCAUGGAACAGUGACUACGUGUUUGGGGCACUGAUAUGGUCCGAUGGCAAACACUACGUUAGAACUCCUCUGGUGGUGAAUUUUAGCUCAUGGAAGCCAUGAAUUGGGAGAUUGUGAGCUUCUAAUAUCUUUUCCUUUUUGUUUCUUUUCUGAUUGGUGGGCACGAUUGAUUGAAAGAUUACUUAGUUUGUGUGAAAGAUUACUGUCGUGUUCAAUUAUGGCUAACAAUAAAGGCAAAGUUCCUUUUUCUUGUU